UUUGACGUGGAGGAAUUUUAAAUUGUGUUGUUUGUCUCUCAGUCUCUGCAACAAACAGCGAAAAAAAACUUUAUUAAUAAUUAUUUGUGUUUAGUUAAGAAAAAAAAUUACGUGAAUGACAAACAAAAAACUGUAGAAACAUUAUUUAAGAAAUUUAUUAAUUAUAAUUUAUUGUGUGAAACUAUUGAACAAAAAAUGCAAUUAAAAGGAAAUUAUUAUUUUUAGUGAAAAGCUGUAAAUUGAGCUACGUUGCGAUAUUUGGUCAGCAAAUGAAUCGCACCUAAUGCAUCAAAAUCCAAUUUAUAUCACAUGAAAUUGUUGAACUCGUCAAUCAAGUCAUCCAUAAAAAUGCAACAAUCCUGUUUCCGUGCACACUACACCUACUUUUCAAGCGUUACUUCCUGACUUGAUGCGUACGUUGUCAGACAACGACGACUGUUACUUCCCCAAAAAAAGCAAAAGUGUAACACGACGUUGUAAAGAAGGAAUUAUUUAAUUGGAAGCAGCUCAAAAAAAGUGUGCCUUAAGACAACACAAAAAAUUUGAAACAUGACAAAAGCAAGCAAUUCAACAAACAAUUAAGAAACAUUUAAACAAAAAAAAAAGUGAAAAAAAAAGAGAAACACGUGCUUUAAUUUAUACAAAUAUUUACAUAAAUAAUAAGAAAACAAAAAAUGGCUUACCGACAUUCUCCAAUAGCGGCGUAUUCGGGCGACGAUUUGGAAUCUCGCAGCGGAGAUGAUCGCCCUGAAAGUGUAAAUCUUGACGAUUUGCCCGUUUAUGAGUUGGAACAUUUGGCAACUUUUACCGUGACAAAAGAAACGGGAAUUUUGUAUCCAGCUGAUGGCAUGCGAAAAUUGUUGCAACUUGAAAAGACAACAGGAAUUUGGUCGCAAAAGAUGAAACUUUGUCUUGACAGAUCUUGGGUAUUAAUUAUGGAUUUCGAGACAGGAAAUAUUAUUGAACGUUUUCAAGCAGCAUCGAUUCAAGAACCAACAGCGUUCACAAGUAACGAUCCCAUGGAGAUGUACAAUAACAUUCUUGUGUUCAUUGUAGGCACUGGCGGACCAAAUUCGCGUUCAGAAAUGCACAUUUUUCAGUGUCAAAGAAUUUCGGCAGUACAUUUAGUCGAAGACUUGAAGCAAUUGCGGGACGGCAAAUUGAUAAAUAGUCGCGACGCGAUGCCUCAUUACGAGCAACAACGCAAUAGACCCGUAAUUGGAGCCAGCGGCGGAGGAAGAGCGAAUCGCGCCGAAUAUAUUCGAGAUCGGGAGCGUGAACGCGAAGAACGUCAUUACAAUCACAAUAACGACACGGAUAGCGAAUUGGGCGGCUUGAAUGACGAAACAAGUUCGACGAGCAGCGAAAAGUACGAACGUGAUGUCACAGUUUUGAAUCAUUGUUUCGACGAUAUUGAGAAGUUUAUUGCGCGUUUGCAACAUGCAGCAGCGGCUUCGCGUGAACUUGAACGUCGUCGUAAGAACCGAAAAUCGAAGAAAAAGGAUCCGGGCGAAGGAUUAUUGACUUUACGAACUCGUCCUCCGCACGAAAAGGAGUUUGUGGAUAUUUUUUCAAAGUUCAAGUUGUCCUUUAACCUCUUGGCGAAGCUAAAGGCGCACAUUCACGAUCCAAAUGCUCCGGAAUUGGUUCAUUUUCUGUUCACGCCUCUUGCAUUGAUUGUCGACGCAUCACAUGAUUCGUAUUACGAUCCAAAUUUGCCUGCACGAGUCGUUACUCCGUUGCUUACACGAGAUGCUAUUAACUUGUUGGUCAAUUGUGUCACGAGCAAAGAAACAGAAUUGUGGCGAUCUCUCGGCGAUGCAUGGACAAUUCCGCGAGAUCAAUGGAAAGAUGGAGCUGUUACGACAUAUCAUCCCGUUUUCUUCGAUGGAUGGUCUCCCGAAUUUCCCGUUAUCGAUGAAUUAGAUGCCGGCGUGGGUCCUUCAACACCAAAUAAUCACAAGAAACGCUUCGAUUUGCUUCCAUCGCACUCGCAGGAUUACACAGACUACGAAUUUGAUCAUAAUGCGCAUCAUCCGCCGCAUGCUGGAAGUCCCGGAUUACGAGAUUUUAGUGCACGCAGCGAAAUUUCCGUGGAUUCGAUUGAACGAAAUGGCGAACGGGGCGCAAAUGGAGGCUCAAGUAGUCGAAAUGAACAUCAUCAUGCAAUUGUACAUCAUCAUGGGCAUGGACCUCCGCCUCCGCCGAAUGUUUUGCAACAUCAUCAUCCGUCGUCGUCGUCUUCGCAUCAUCAAAAUAACGGCGUCGAUCGCGGCGAUACAUGGAUUGAGGAUUUACAAGCCAAGGGUGCUAAAAUUGUUCAAGUCACUUAUCCGAGAACGGCAAACAACGACAAAGAAUUGACUGUCGAACGAGGAGAAUAUUUAGAAAUCCUUGAUGACAGUCGAAAAUGGUGGAAAGCUCGUAACGCUCGUGGUCAAAUUGCUCACGUGCCUCAUACAAUUGUCUCUGUCGUAACAUACGAAAAUGGAGACGGCCCAUAUCGCAAUGGAAAAGACGACAGAUAUCAAGGAUCCAACAGCAAUAACAACGAUACUUCCCCGGGCUCAGCAGAUUGGGUUCGAAACAAACAUCUCGUGAAUGGCAAUGGUGUUAGUAGUUUUCAACGGUAUUCGUCAUUCACGUCAGAGCACAGUUUGGAAGCUUUUAGACAUUCCGUUGAUGAUAAACUAACAAGUAGUACUCCUAAUAGACUUAGUAGUAGAAAUAGUAAUGGCAUGAUUGGUAAAACUCCGCCGCCUGCGCCUCCAAUGCCCGCAAAAUUACCCGUAACUCCGAUUGGUUUGCACGUACCGCCCACAAGUGUUCCGACAACGCCAAAUGGCGACAAAAAGAAUGAUAAUCGUCGUUCUGUCACGGAGCCCACAACUCCUGUAGGAAAUGAUAUGCAUCGCGAAUUGAAAGAAGUUCUUACGUUAUUCCGUGAAAAGAAACGCAACAUUGAGAUAAUUCGAACGCCCGACAUUUACAUCACACAAACAUCAAACCCCGAAGAAGUUCAAAAUUGGUUAAGGGAGAAAUGCUUUUCGGAAAAUGCCAUGAAACGAUUGAAAGGAUUGACAGGAAAUGAGUUGUUUGCAUUGAAAAAGGAAACUUUGGAAGAGUAUUGCGGCACGGAGGAAGGAAAACGACUUGCAUCACAAAUUACCAUACAACGAAAUGUCUCGGGAUACAAAACAACGCGAUCAUCAGAGCUAAUGGGAAUUCUUGCAAAAGUUCGACAAAAAACAGAAGGACUUAAUGGAGUUCAAGAACUGUCAAAUGAGAAUCAUAUCAACAAUGAGUCCGAAAGUUAAGAAAGUGUCAUUCAGAAAUGAAAGAAACAGCUUUUCAACAAAAAUUAUUAACAAAAAAAAAAGUAUUUUGAAGCCAUUCCAUUUAUGAUAAUAAGAUUAAUUCAGCAAAAAUGCCUUUUCUUAUACCAAAACAAAACAAUUAGAAAUAAAACCAAAAACUUGCAUGCCUUUAAUUAGUAUUUAAAAGACUGUAGUCAAUACGACAAGAAUUGUAAA